AUGUGUUGUUACGUAGCGUUGCCUGCUCCGCCUGCUCCCAAGUUCUGCCUGUCGCCAUCCGUCGAUCUGCCGAAAGAAGAAGGGCCGGACGCAAACGAAACGGAUGUGGGAGUCUACUUCAUCUACGAUGAAAACUUCCAUGUGAAAUCAAACGAUCAAGGGCAGCCUACACCAGUGGAAUACCUUCUAACUCUCCUGAAUGCAGCUCAGUUACGAUUCUUAGGCGUUGAACGUAUCCGCAUUGUUCUGAGUCUCGUCGGUGCCCAAGAGAUUCAGCUUACGAAACAAUCCACGGAUUACAUAAAAACUGGAGGCACACGUGCGCAGCUGAACGCUAAAAGCAUACUUGAAUACGUCAAAGAGCACUUUGUGAAACAUAAAAGUAGCUACCAAGAAGGGGAUGUCGUGAUAUUCAUUUCAGGCCUCAUGUUGCACAGAGUACCGAAUGAGCCAUACAUGUGGACAGGUGGCCCUACAAUUGGGGGUGCGUGCGGAGAUGACAGGGUUGGUCUCAUUCACGACGAUGGCCAAUCAUUCAAUGGCGUUAAUGAUCUAGCGCAAAACAUAGGGUUUCUGCUAGGGGCUACAAGAGAUACGUUGUGGAGCGCGAGCCACAGUCAGGCACGCCUCGGUUUUCUCACAUCAGCCAUUGGUGGAGGCCCAAGAUACGGGUUCUCUCCGGAGAGUAAAGAAGCACUGGUGCAGUUCUACGAGAAAAACAAAGACACGAGUUGUUGGAAGGAGCCGCCGGCAAAUCGAUUAACACAAAAUAAUACCGAAGUCCUCCUACCAGUGAACAUCUUCACUAAAUACAGCCUCGCCUACCUUCAUACCUGUUACAUUGCGUACAAGAUGCAUCCCUGCACGAAGCAGGAGAAUAGCAGAACUGGAACCGUUCCAUGUUAUUCCUUUUGCUGCGGACGAAAUGCCAAAUUAUAUAGUAGACAACCUCGAACGGCUGACUACGACGGCACUCCCUGCAAUAACAAUGGGAUUUGUGUUUCAGGAAAAUGCGUGAUACUACCGACUAGUGACAUGGCUGCAGGACAAUAA